UUUGCCAUGUGACGCUCCUCGUCCAAUGGGCGGGUCCCUUUUUCCCGCCAAUCCCUACAUGGUAAGGCACCAGUAGAUUAUUUGUCUCCAGGGGUGUCAGGCGGCGGACCAGUUCCAACUUUGACAUCCGGUCGUCGACUGGUCGCGAGUCACCACAGAUAUAUGAUAUCAGCACACUGCACCUGUAUGGCCGGUUUGGGAGAGGCAUGCAGCCAUAUUGCUGCAGUCCUUUUCAAGAUAGAAGCAGGUGUUAAACUUGGUUUCAGCAAGCAAUCACGGACAAGCACAGCCUGUGUUUGGAACAGAUUUUAUAGAAAAGAGGUUACACCACAGCCUUUAAGAGAAAUCAACUUCAGUAGACACAAAAAAGGCAGCCUAAACAGAAAGCGAACAACUCCACAGAUUGAAGUUGAACCAGUGGACGAGAGAGCAGCUCUGAGGCAGCUGAAACAGAUAUUCCCGAAGGCGUGUGUUCUCACCAAAAAUGAUUCAGAUACAGACACUGCAUCUGAAGACGAAGAAAUUCCACAAUUACUUACUAGAUUCCACGAGGUGGAGUAUUCGAUUCUCACACCGGAGGACUUGCAAAAGAAGUGUGAAGGAUUUAUGAAAGAUGUUAAGCCAACGCAACACCAAAUUGACAACCUGGAGAAAAUGACACGGUCACAAGCAGACAGUGCUUUAUGGCAUCGACACAGAGAGGGAAGAAUAACGGCCACAGUUGCCCAUGAUAUUAAGACAAGACGAGAGACAACACCAACAGAAGGGCUACUCAACCGAAUCAUGAAGUAUAAUGAAACUGACAUUUCAAAGAUGGAUGCAGUCAGUUUUGGCUUGAGUAAUGAACCAAAAGCGAAAAUGCUGUACUGUGAAAUUAUGAAAAGGAAUCAUAACCAGUUUGAAUUAAAGGACAGUGGUCUGGUCAUCGAUGCCACAUGCCCCAUAUUUGCUGCAUCCCCAGAUGGAGUUAGGACCUGUCUUUGCCAUGGCAUAGGCCUACUGGAAGUAAAGUGUUCCUACAAGCACAAGGACAUAGAAAUCGGUAAAAUAUCCGAAAUAGACAGAGAUUUUUAUCUUGAUUCUAACCUCGACCUGAAGUUGAAUCACAGGUAUUAUACACAAGUACAAUUCCAGAUGUAUGUGACAAAAUUAUUUUUCUGUGAUUUCGUAGUGAACACUACAAAAGGCAUUGCGGUUAAAACUGUAAACUAUGACCCAGACUUUGUGAAAUCUUUAAUGGAAAAAUGUAGUUACUUUGCAUUUCACACUGUUGUGCCAGAAAUAUUGUGCCACAAGCUACAAGAAAAAGAGAAUAUUGCUAUUUGUACAUGUAAGAGGCCACGAUUUGGGAAAGUGCAGAAGUGCUCAAGGGAAGUGUGCAAAAUUAAAUACUUCCAUUUCAGUUGUGUUGGUCUCGACAGAAAACCAAGGAGGGGGGGGGGGGGGCAUGGAUGUAUGUAA